AGAGCUUCAUUAUGGUGGCUUGCGAAAGACAGCUUCUAGGCCUGGCUUUGGCCUGCAUCGGCUUACUGGGGAGCAUCAUUAGCUGUGCUCUCCCCACAUGGAGAAUCUUGACAGCCUUCGAAAAUUUCACAUUUAUCACAUUCUUGACAGGCUCAAAAUAUAACAAAAUGGUGGAGGGUUUAUGGAAGACAUGUGCGAUCUUACCAACAGGUCAAACGCAGUGCACGAGGUAUAAAGAUAUACCGUUACCUGAAGACAUGAAGGCUGCCAGAGGACUCAUCAUCAUUGCCAUUAUCAUUGAGGUCCUUGGGAUCCUGCUUGGUGUGGCUGGGAGAAAUUUUAUGAACUUUGUGCCAGACGAAAGGCAAAGGAGCAAAAUGGCUCUGACUUCUGGAAUUGCCUUCCUCAUUGCAGGCUUCUUUGUUCUCAUACCAGUCAGCUGGACCACCAACAACAUCAAUGAUCAUUUUCAUCCUAAUGAUCCUAAGGUAGUUAAAAAGAUGGAGUUGGGAGCCGCGCUCUACAUUGGCUGGUUCACCACUGUCCUUUUGUUCCUGGGAGGAGGCCUCGUCUGCAGCUCCUUUUUCCGCAGAAAUGGAACUGGCCUUACUUUUUUGUUUUUUAAAUAAGGCCUAUUUUUAUACAUUGAGCAGUAUUUUGGAAAUAAGAAAAAGGGUUUUAAAAGUUUUCCCCUUAAGUUUGUCAUUUGAAUGAGUAGAUUAACAAAGUAUAAAAUCAGAUUCAAAUAGAAAGAAAUAUUUACAGUUUGAUUGUGUAACUUGCUUCUGAAUCUGUUUUGAGGUAUCCUACAC